AGGAGUGACCCUUUGCCAGCCCGGCCGUGCUCCUCUUGGUGGUGCUGUUGCAGCACUGCAGAUUCAUAGGCUGGUUUUCCCUCUAUUCCUCUGAGGGAAGCUGGAAGGCUUAAUGUGACUUGGCAGAGUCUGAAGUCCCGAGGUUCUACAUGCUGCCCAAGUUUAAGAUGCCGGGCACAGCAAGGCAUGACCGAGACAUGGCAACAUGGGCCAAAAGAAACCUGUUGGAAGCUACUGACCCUAUUGAAAAACUUCGUUUGCAGUGUUUAGCGAAGGGAUCUGCUGGCAUCAAAGGAUUUGGAAAAAUGUUUCGAGUUAUGGAUCACAACAACAGCAGAACCCUCAAUUUCCAAGAAUUUAUGAGAGGAUUAAAAGAUUAUGCAAUCAUUCUAGACAAGGAAGAAGCACAAAAGGUUUUCUGCAUAUUUGAUAAAGAUGGCAACGGAACAAUCGAUUUCGAUGAACUUCUUGUUACCCUGAGACCUCCCAUGUCAAAUGCAAGAAAGGAAAUAAUAAUGCAAGCAUUUCACAAAUUAGACAAGACCGGAGAUGGUGUUAUAACAGUCGAAGAUUUACGAGAUGUGUAUAACCCGAAACACCAUCCUAAAUACUUAAAUGGAGACUGGACAGAAGAUCAGGUUUUUAGAGCCUUUCUGGAUAAUUUUGAUUCACCCUAUGACAAAGAUGGGAAGGUCACAACAGAAGAAUUCAUGAACUACUAUGCAGGAGUCAGUGCUUCGAUUGAUUCAGAUACCUACUUUAUCGUCAUGAUGAAGACUGCUUGGAAAAUCUGAUCAUACAGUUAAGGAAGCAAAACUUUACUCCCACCUUUUUUGUGUCUUUGAUUAAAUGUAUGCACAACAACAGCCUCAUGUUCCAUAAAAACCAUUUCCAGUAA